UAGAUUUCCCACCCCUGGGUUUAGAAUUGCCACCCCAUUUAAAAGUGGGGAAAAACCAAUAUUGCCCCUCCGUGUUUUAGUCCGAAUGUAUAACAUUCGGACUCCUCCGAAUUUUCAAAUGUCGGACUCAGUUAAUAAUAGAACAAAACUAUCAAUUCAGAUUCACAUUUGUAACGGGACAGAACAUCAACUCUCGGACUGGUUCAGGAGAAGCGACCCAGAGGCACCCAAAUCGACCCACACAUCACGACCAAAAGCAACCAAGAAUCAUCUGUGAUUCAAAACCGACCACACUGAGAUUAUGGCGAGGACAAAGCAAACUAAGAGGGUAUCGUCUGAAGAGUUGGCCGAUCGUCGUGCCUAUCUCCACGCUUCUCAUAGGCGAGGUGAUCAUGAUACAGAUGUGUCGACUUCUCGGAAGCGGGCUAGGAAGGGGGCUCCGAAGGCGACCACUGAGGUUCCUGCCCCUGCUACUGAGGUUCCUGCUACUCAGGUUCCUGAUACUGAGGUUCCUGCCCCUGCUACUGAGGUUCCUGCUACUCAGGUUCCUGCUACUGAGGUUCCUGCUCUCUCGACGCCUGAGGUUACUGCUACUGAGGUUUCUCCUCAGUCGACGCCUGAGGUUACCGCCCACGAUACUGUUGAGCCUUCCACCUCUUCACUUGAUAUUGAUGCAGUUGAGGAGUCGGAGUCGGAGUCGGGGUCGGAGUCGGGGUCUGAGUCUGAGAUUGAGGGUGAGGAUGUAGAGGUAGAGGAUCCGAAUAUGCCGCCGCUCCAGAGAGAUCCACCGUUUCCUGGUGGGCCGGUUGAGUUGUCACUUCUGCAGCAUUACCCGGAUCACAUAGCGCCGUGGACGUGGCAUACCCUACUAGGCACCACUGACCCUCGUUAUUCUGAGCGAGGUGAUUUGAGGCUUGCCACUGCUGGUACGAAGCUCGGGCUGAUGACGUGUGAGGGGGACAAUUACAGGGAGGUCCGCUUGAUUGUGGAGAGGAGCGGACUGUAUCCACUGGUCAGGUGCAGCUAUGUAGAGACGGAUCCAGGGCUUAUAUCGGCCCUUGUGGAGAGGUGGCACGAGGAGACUAGUAGUUUCCACAUGCCAUUUGGGGAGAUGACUGUCACCCUUGACGACGUCUCCGCUCUUCUUCACAUCCCGGUUGGUGGGAGAUUCUACACUCCAGGAGUGGCCUCGAGAUAUGAUGUGGCAGAGACCUGCGCUUUGCUGUUAGGGGGGGAUGCAGAUUUGUACAUGGCUGAGUUUGAUAAGCUUAGGGGUCCGACUAUGAGGUUCAGCUUCUUGCGAGACCUUUACCCGAAAGCUGUUGCAGAGGGGCGGUACGAGCAUGCAGCCAGGAUGUACCUGAUGCAUCUUGUUGGCGCGACAUUGUUCGCCGACAAGAGUGGGGGGCACUCAUUCUCCGCCCGUUGGAUAGGCAUGCUACAGGAUCUUGAGCGGGUGUCGGAGUUCGCGUGGGGCGCCAUGGCCCUUGCCACGUUGUACGACCAGCUUGGACAGUCUUCUCGCAGCGGGGUCAAACAGAUGGGCGGUUACACUUCCCUGUUGAUGGCCUGGGUCUUUGAGCACUUUCCAGACAGGCUCGUUCGCCGGUAUGCGAACCCGGCUUACACAGAGGACCAGCCCAGAGCACGUAGGUGGACAGAGUCACGGUCGGGGCAUGCUAGGCUUGACGAGAGGCGAGUACUACUUGAUGAGUUGACGGCCGACGACGUCACUUAGACUCCAUAUGAGGCCCACAGGGAAUGGCGACAGCGGGAUGAGAGGGCUUUGUUCUCAGGCUACAUUCGGUGUCCCUAUCCCCCUGCUGUGCGACCUCAUCUUCCGGAGCGGGUCAUGCGACAGUUUGGGUAUAUACAGACGAUCCCGCGCCACCCUAGUGAGAUGGAUAGAUCUCCCGCAGCUGAGGCUGUUGAUGCGGCAUUCGCAGGUUAUGUGCAGUACUCAUUCCCUGAGGGCGACCCUGCUAUAGAGGAGGGACAGGCUGUGGGCGGUUACAUGGAUUGGUACGCUAGAGUGUCUCAUUGUUUCAUCAUACCGGAUGAGAGGAGGAUUGAUCUUAGUGCCGUGGUAAAUUUUAAAUUUUAUUUCUAUUUUCUUUAUGCACUUGUGGUUUUCUGUAUGUGAUUUACUAACAGCGUUUUUUUUAUUAUUUACUUUCAGGCUGCUUUGCGUAGGGCUUUAGAAGUCCUUGAGUUGUCACUUGAGGUGGAUGAUGCUUUGCUGCCAGGCACACAGGCCCGCGCUUUAACGGAGAGAGCACUUCGCAUCCUCCAGGACUUGGCUGGGACACAGGGCAUUGCUUACGCUGCU